CCCCCGGCCGCCCCGCCUGUCCCACUCGCUUUCUGUCCCGUCUCCCCCCCGGACUGGCCCCGCGCGCGUCUCCGCCGAAACGAGCGCCCCUUUCCACUCGCACCAGACGGUCGGUCGGCUCGGCUCCUCAGCCCCGGCCGGAUCCUCCCGCGGGCCCUGCCUCCCUUGCCGCGAUGGGGAGCCGACGGCCACAGCCUUGAAGGUAACAGGUACCACAAAGGCAUCGACUAUGGAAGCGGAUGGCGAAGGGGAAAUGGAACUCCUGAGUAGCAGCAUUGCAGCCUAUGUGCACAUCCGAGAUAACCUGGAGAGUGUGGGCCUCUACUUUGUGCUGGGUGUCUGUUUUGGUCUGGUGCUGACACUCUGCCUUCUGGUCAUUCACAUCUCAUGGCACCCUCAAGCCAUUCCACACAAGCGCCGAAAGAGCCUGCAGGACUCGAGUGAGGAUGAGGAGGAGGAAGAGGAGGAGGAGGAAGAGGAGGAAGACACAACCAACCACUCACUUGCUGUCCCCCCCUUAGCCAUGACAGAGCUGCCCCUGGUAUCCCCCAGCACCCCGGAUGGAACCCUCACAAUCAACGUCUUUGCUUCGGCUGAGGAACUGGAACGUGCCCAGCGCCUGGAGGAGCGCGAGAGGAUCCUCAGAGAAAUUUGGCGUAAUGGGCAACCGGACGUUCUGGGAACUGGGACUGGGACCAUUGGGAGAGUCCAUUACUAUUGACCAACCUCUUCUUUCAUCCCUAAACUGAGUAGGCAACUGUCCUACACUCCUUGAGGCACUGCGACAGUCACGGACCUUGAACGAAGGGAUAAUGGCCGGUGGGAGAGGUCUUCCCCAGUGUGAGUGAUUCUGACUGGGAGCACCACACAGAGCAUGGGUGGAGAGCUUCCAGGACUAUGUCAGGGACACUAAGGGGUUCACUCCCAGGUACCUGCUUCUCUGACCCUGUGGGGGUGGGGAGGAAGGGAGUCUGUCAUGGGUUCUGGAAAGUCCUCAUGGCACCCCUGAUGGAUCUGGGAGAGAGAAGGCUUGAGGGAUUUUGGGCCUGCUUGGUGGAAGGAUGCAAGAUCUUUGGAAGUAAAGCCUCCAACCGCUGAAGAAGCUGGGUUCAGUAUGAACAGCCCUGCCCAAUCUUAGCUGAGCUGAGUUCAGGGCUGGCGUUAUGCCCAGGGCUGUGCUCUGCACCCUCUCUCUUCCCACAGCAGGUGGGCAGACUCUUCUCCCAACUUUCCAUACCCCCCCACACAGAUAUAAUUCCUUAUCUAAAGUACUGUAUGUUAUCUCAGGCUACUCUCCUACAACAUGGUGACUCCUGGAGUUUCCUCUGCAGUGGGAUUUCUUAUUUCCUCAGAGGGGUUCAGCAGUGGGAAGCUGCCUCUAGCAGACUGAAGAUGGAGCUGACAGAGACCGGCUGCAGGGUCCCCAUGCCCAGACAUUUUGUUCUGUUAGCUCCCCACUGCCUACAAGGGUUAACCGAUUGGUAGCAAAUAUUCCAUUUAGUGUGUAAAACUUUGCCUUAUCUUUUAUAAAACAGAAUUAUUCCA